UCAGUCAUUUCUUUUAUUUAUGCUGCAAACUGUAUGAACACACUCUGAACAGCAAGAAGACAUGGUAGCUGUGCUUGGAUUGGUAGUGAUGUUGCUGGGUUUGUCUCAUGGUGUGGAAACUCACUGUGAUGGCAGACAGGAUGGAGCUCAGUGUUAUGGAGCUUUGGGAGGAAGUGUGGACAUCCAGCUGAUGGACAGCACUUCAAAAAUACCUCGAUACCAACUGUUAAAGAAUUCAUUAAAAAUACUAGAUGUGAGAAAGAAAAAGAUUCUUUCUAAUGUAUUACAAAAUGGGUCUCUCUUUUUUCCCAGUAAUAGAACAUUUAGGCUCAAUUAUCUGAGCAGGGAUGACAGCGGUAAUUAUAGCCUUAUAACAUUUAAUUCAGAUGGAAAAGCAUCAGACGAGCAGACUCUAUACUUGUUUGUUCAAGCUCCUGUGUCCUCUGUCCUGCUGCUCUCUGAGUGUCUGUCCCAGGGAGAGAUGAGGGUGUCCUGCUCCUCUGAGGGAGGGGACAGUCCUCAGUACAGCUGGACUCUGGAUGGACGCACACUGACAGAUGCUGAGCUCUUUUCUGUAAAUAAUGAGAGUAACACCAUCACUCUGAAACAGCACGUCUCAGGACGUCUUGUCUGCUCAGUCAGGAACAACGUCAGUAAUGUCUUCAAAGAACAGAAGAUAUCUCCCUGUGGUGUGGAAACUUACUGUGAUGGCAGACAGGAUGGAGCUCAGUGUUAUGGAGCUUUGGGAGGAAGUGUGGAGAUAAAGCUGAUGGACAGCACCGCAAAAAUACCUCGAUACAAUUUGUUAAAGAAUUCAUUAAAAAUACUAGAUGUGAGAAAGAAAAGGAUUCUUUAUAAUAUCAUAGAACAUAGAUUUCUGCUUUUUCCCAGUAAUGGAACACUUAGGCUCAAUUAUCUGAGCAGGACAGACAGCGGUAAUUAUAGCCUUAAAAGCUUUGAUUCAGAUGGAAAAGCAUCACAUGAGCGGACUCUACAAUUGUUUGUUCAAGCUCCUGUGUCCUCUGUCCUGCUGCUCUCUGAGUGUCUGUCCCAGGGAGAGAGGAGGGUGUCCUGCUCCUCUGAGGGAGGGGACAGUCCUCAGUACAGCUGGACUCUGGAUGGACGCACACUGACAGAUGCUGAGCUCCUUUCUGUAAAUAAUGAGACUAACAUCAUCACUCUGAGACAGCACAUGUCAGGACAUCUGGUCUGCUCAGUCAGGAACAACGUCAGUAAUGUUUUCAUAGAACACAGGCUGUCUACCUGUGCUCUGUCAGUGGGAUACAGACAUCAGGAUAAGUCCUUGCUUAUAUGUGGUUUGCGAGCAGUUGUGGUCAUUCUCUUGCUAAUUGGGAUUCCCAUCUACUUUGCUUGGAAGAAAAAGAAACAUGCCAAAGCUGAAGUCUCUGCUGUUCCACAAACAAGAGGAGAUCCAGAGGAUUCUCUUCUGAUGGUUGAAAUGAGUUCUGCAACUUACACCAACACCUAGUUUCACCUUUUACUUGCUGUUAUUUAUCUUUGGUUCACAAGCAUGAAAAUAGCAUUUAGAGAGAAAUUCUUCUGCUCUUUUUAUUCCCCACAAAUUAUGAUGAGAAGCUCUGUGGUUUCUGGGUUUUACAUUUUUUAAA